AUGCACGAACUCCUUCAAUCGGUGCUGUACCCUGCUUGGCGGGAUUCCCUCUGCAAACAAUCUGUCGGCUUGGUUUCGAAUGGUCCGUGUCAUUGCAUUCGACAUUGGGCCGUGGCAGUCACCGUACUCUCCACGCUUGUACGCCACACUUCUGUCGUCAAGCGAGCACUGAAGAACUUUGAGUCGCUUUGCGCAAUGCUCUCGGCAAUUCACCCGGGGUUAAGAUCGUUUGCGUUGGUUGGGCCAGUCGGGCACUACGACGAGUUGUCCCUCCGACUGUUCCCUCGUUUCGCCCUCCUCGUCACCGUAGUCGACUUUGCCCACACUGUUCGCAGCAGCAACGCUCUCCUGCUCGUUGUUCGCCUGUACAACAGGCGCGCGCCACAGCAGGUGUUCUACACGUGUUCCCACUCUCACCUCCAAGUCGACCACGGGUUGGUGAGUGAGUGGCGCAUUUUCGAUAUCGGCGAGGUCACGAGCUGUGCACCGGCGAAGCGUCCUCCGGUGCACCGAACCUAUGCCUUCAAACAAGAAGCCCUACAAGCGUGGGACGAGCUCAAAUGGGGAGGGACAACGCUUGUCCAUUACUGCCGGGCAAGGAAGAUCCCGGUGUCCACGUUUGAGAAAUGGCUGAUCAAGAAGGACGAAAUCGCUUCCGUGUGUACAGCCGACGUGAACAAGCACGUGCUGUCCCUCCAAACUAACAAGCCCAGGAAAAAGUCGAAGAAGCGCAAGAAACUGUGCGUUGACAGCAGACACCAAGAAUUGCACGAAUGGCUGGUAGCUGCACCAAAGCCUUUGUACACUGGUGCUAUGCGGGACAAAGUGCGGGCGUUGUGGCCCGAAUGGAGUGACGAGGACCACCCCGAGUGUAAGACCCCUCAUUACCUCGCGAAGUGGUGUCGCCGAGUCGCCGUCCGGUUCGUCCACACUGCCGGCUCCACUGCCAGCUCCAGCGAAGCGAGUCAGGCAUCGUCCGGUGAUGAUGGUGAUUUUUGGGAAGACGAAGGAAGUCAGACACAGCCAGGUGACGAAGGAGACUUUUGGGUCGGCGUAGCAAUACCGGACGGGGAAAUUCUGGCAGCGAAACGACAACGGCUCUGCCCCGAAACCAUGGUGCACACAGGAACAACUGGGGGCCAUGAGUACGUGCGGCAGCCCCAUCGAAAGCGUAUCAUGCACCCCAUAGCCAACGACGACAUCGCUCGGGAUGAUUUUCUUGACGACUACCACUUUGACGCAUUGCUGGCGCCCGACAGCUUUUCCGCUCCCUCUUCUUCUUCAUGUGACCGUGUUGUCGCAAGGGCCACUGCAACCAGGCAAACCCGAAGUGUCCCUCCGAGUUCUCAGGAAUCGACCGACGCCCGCGCAGCCAAAGCCAGCCACAAGUCAUCCUUGCGACACGGCACAUGUGAUUUGGACGUCCCCCACCCCCUUACGGACCUCGCGAGGCGCUUCAACGACAGAAAAUCUGACCAUCGGCAAGCGAUCUCAAGUGGCACCGAAUGCCACCGCCCCCCUACACCAGCCCAGAACGAAUCGCAAUGCUGUAUUGCAGGCCACGCCGCUGUGGUUGGUGAAGACUGUUUCAUCGAGAGCGAAAUUCGAAGGAAGUACCUCGAAUUGGAUGCGUACUUCCAAUCCACGACCCAAGGUGAAGUCCCACCGGUCCGAAGUGAUUACGCACCAUGCGCCACGGCCCAUACCCAGUCGAAACCCAAAGGUCGAAAGACUACCCAGACUGGCCCUCGGUCGUCCCCCCAGCCGAUCCGCACUACACCAAAUUCCUCAGCCGCCAAGCCAGCGCCAAAUGACCCUUCACGCAGUCGUGUUUUGGGUCAUAUGACUCCGUACGCCACUUUGACCGGCCCACAUUUGUCCCCCACCUCGACCCACGCCGCACCAGCGUCCACCGUCACCAAGCCGACAACAAACCCCCUCCCAAACACUGAUAACGAGGGCCAUCGAGAAGACCCCCCCCCGCCCAGCUGA